UAUAGAAAGCGAUGUACCGUUGGAUAUUGGAUCCUACAGAUCGCUAUGCAGUCUUGGCUCAUGUGGCAAUCAAGAAAUCUGAGACUGACUACAAUGUCAUCGUUGAAAUUUCAAGCACUCUAUCUCCUGAAGAGCUCCUGGCAGUAAGAAGGGCUUACCAACUUCGCUACAAGCACUCUUUGGAGGAAGACUUGGCUGCACAUACCACCGGUGAUAUCCGCAAGCUUCUGGUUGCUUUGGUGACUACUUAUCGGUAUGAUGGUAGUGAGAUCAAUGCGAAACUGGCAAAUUCGGAAGCUGAUAUUCUUCAUGAUGCCAUCAAAGACAAGGCUUUCAAUCAUGAGGAAGUUAUUAGGAUCCUCAGCACAAGGAGCAAGACGCAGCUCAUGGCAACCUUCAACCGCUACAGAGAUGACCAUGGCAUUUCCAUCAGCAAGAAUUUGUUGGAUGCUGGUGCUGAUGAUUUCCAGAAGGCACUUCACGUCGUCAUUCGAUGCCUCAAUGACCCAAAGAAGUACUUUGAAAAGGUACUUCGCCACGCAAUCAAAAGGACUGGGACAGAUGAGGAUGCCCUCACUCGCGUGAUCGUUACGAGGGCAGAGAGGGACUUGAAGGACAUCAAGGAGUUUUACUACAAGAAGAACAGUGUUCAUCUUGAGCAUGCUGUGGCCAAAGAAACUUCAGGAGAUUACAAGGCAUUCCUCGUUACCCUGCUAGGGCAGGAAGCUUGAAACCGUUCUCUGAGCAAGUUAUUAGUAUAAUAAUCCAGUUGGUUGUGUUUUAUGUUGGACUUUGAUGGCAGUCUUUGUUUUCUUAUGUUUGUGUCUUAAGUUACCAUGUUGGAUUGGCUAUCUGUCUUCGUCUAUGUUUGUUGGAGUUUUAGUUUUUAUAAAGAGUUGUCUGUCAGACUUUCAAAUUUGAUGGAUGAAUUAAGCAGAAGUUAUAUUUAUAGCUAGUCUUGCAAUGUGUUUGGAUUGAUAA